UUCCUCAAUGGCGCAUUUCUACAGGCUUUGCGAGUUGGAUAAACUCGAUUCGCACUCAAGUAUGAUGAUAUUUCAAUUUUGGGAAAAUCAUCCAUCAUCUGACACUUGCAAAAUUUGAAACGUCCGCUGAUAAUUCACUGUGCUGUACAUAUAGCAGAGAGAGAGAACCCCCGGCACAGCAGCGCUGCAGUAAAAGUUGUCAAACCGCGCCGACUCCGCGUUCAGAAACCACUGUGUAUUUACAACUAUGAUAGUUUUCGUUGUUUUUAGUUAUUAAUAAGAAAAGUUUGAAAUCGUCGAAAUUUAAUCAUCGUGAUGUCGAGCGACAAAAAAAAGAAAUCGUGGGCGGAAAAUGGCCUGGAAGAUUGGGGUGCUUAUAUGGCAGCAAAAAAAGAGAAAUUGGAAGAUCAAUUUCAGGAUGCUGCAAAAAAAGAGUUUCAAGAUGCUACCCACUUAUUUUCGGGUAUUGCAAUCUUUGUCAAUGGAUAUACAAACCCAUGCGCGGAUGAACUCAAGCGCCUGAUGAUGGCACACGGCGGGAUCUAUCAUCAUUACAUGCGUUCUAAAGUUACGACUCACAUAAUCGCUUCAAACUUGCCAUAUUCAAAAAUCAUUGCCUACAGAAAGUCCCAGAAUCCACUGCCCAUUUGCAAACCUGAAUGGAUUACGGACAGUAUCAGCGCACAACGUCUCCUGGAUUGGCGAGCAUACGUUCUAUACUCCAAUUGCUCCAAAACUCAACCACCCUUGCGAUUCAAUGAAAAAACCCACAAUUUAUUCUCAGGCAUGAAGCCUGAUGAAAAAAUGGAUUUGGAUAUUAAUGAGAAAAAGGGGAAUAUCAGACUGGACUCGACGAAAGGCGGAACAGAAAAAUUGAAGGAAAUUGAGAACCGCAGCGAGGGUAGUGCUCUUAUGUCGACGAAGAACCCUGAGUUUUUGUCUGAAUUCUAUAAUAAUUCCCGGCUACAUCAUAUCUCAACAAUGGGGAUGACGUUCAAGGAUUACGUGACAGAUUUACGAGAGAAGAGCGAGGGUAAAUUGGAGGGUCUGGAGAGAUUGAUAAAGGAAAAAGAAGAGAAGGGCAAGAAAUGGUUGGGAGGAUUAAAAAAUGAGGGUUGCUCAGAUUCGGAAGAGGAUCUGUUUGAUUCGGAAGAUUUGGACAACGAGCGGCGCAAGGUUCAGCCAAAUGAAACAUGCAUAAUGCACAUUGACAUGGACUGUUUUUUCGUUUCUGUGGGUUUGAGAAAUCAGCCUGAAUUGAAAGGAUUUCCAAUCGCUGUUGCUCAUGCCCGAGGCAACGGAGCUUCAUCGUCGAAGAGGAACUCGGAAGAAGAUCGCAACGACGAAAUCAAGGAACUUGGCUCAAUGUCCGAGAUCGCGUCCUGCUCGUACGAGGCCAGAAAGGCUGGUGUCAAAAAUGGAAUGUUUCUUGGACAGGCCUUGAAAUUGUGUCCGAACCUUCGAACGAUAAAAUAUGAUUUCGAAGGCUACAAAGAGGUUUCUUACGCGUUGUACGACACCGUCGCCUCGUAUACUCUGAUGAUCGAGGCAGUCAGUUGCGACGAGAUGUACGCGGAUGUUACUACUGUUCUCGCCAAAACGGGCUUGAGACCCCUUCAAUUUGCAAAUAUUAUUCGUGAUGAAAUCAAUACGAAAACUCGGUGUCCCGUAUCAACGGGCUUUGGAUGCAACAAACUUCAAGCGCGUCUCGCGACUCGGAGCGCCAAGCCGAACGGCCAAUUCCACCUCGAAAAUCGACGCUUUCGAGAUCAUAUUGCCUCGACGAACGUCAGAGACUUGCCAGGAGUCGGAUAUUCGACGACGCAACUGUUGAAUAAAAUCCAUGUCCGUACGUGUUCCGAUUUGCAGAAGAUUUCUUUGCCCACCUUGCAAAAGGAAUUUGGUAAAAAAACGGGCGAGCUGUUGUACAAUAUGUGUCGUGGCAUCGAUAACACGAAAUUGACGAUCGAGCACGUGAGAAAAUCUGUAUCGGCCGAAGUCAAUUAUGGCAUACGUUUCGAAACUCCAGACGAAGCGCAGCAUUUUUUACGAAAAUUAUGUCACGAGGUUUGCACGCGAUUGGAAAGAGCAAACUCCAAGGGCAGAUCCGUGACGUUGAAACUUAUGGUACGAGCCAAGGAUGCACCCAGAGAAACUUUGAAAUACAUGGGUCACGGAAUUUGCGAUAAUAUCUCGAAAUCAAAAAAUUUCAUAGCGCCGGUUGACGAUCCAGUUGUCAUUACAAGGGAAGUAAUUUCGCUGUGGGAUCAGAUGCAGCAGCGAUUCGAGGACAUUCGAGGUGUCGGUAUCCAAAUUUCGAGGCUGGAAUCGAUGAGAGGGAAAACCGGAGGAAUUAUGGAUUUUCUUGGCAAACCGAAACGUUCGAAUGUCGAAAGACAAAUAAAGGAGAAGAAACAAGUUGUAUGUACCGGUACGAGUAACGAUAUCGAGGCCUCGAAUGACAGAGUUGAAAAGGCUGCUCGGAGUGCGAAUGAAGAAAGACGAGGAACUAAUGAAAACGAAAUAGGGAUAAAUCGGGGAACCGAAGAAAUAGCAAUGCCAGAUGAGAUUGACGAAAGCGUAUUGUUGGCAUUGCCGGAGGAAAUCAAACGAGAAAUUAUGGAGUCGCGAUCGUCAAAAAUGGAAAAAGUUCCAAAAAUUCUGGAUGAACCAACGAAUUCAUCGAAUGCAAACGAUUCUUGUUUGCCGACCGAUCAAAGAUGGCAGACGUCGGAUUACGACGAAUCGGUAUUAAAGGAACUUCCGACACAGAUACGGAACGAAGUUCUCGCGGGAAGACCAGCCAAAAUUAAUAACGAAACGAAGAAACGAAACGAUUCUACUCAGACGCUUCAAAAUAAUUAUUUCAAAGAUAAAAAAUCAAUUGCCGGUCGAACGUCAGAGAAAGUGACGACGAUGCCACCUAUUGAAGAAAUCGAUAUGUCAGUUUUAAUCGAAUUACCGGAGGAUAUUAGAAACGAAAUAAUCAACGAGUAUAAAAUGAAAAAACAGAAUGAAAAAAGAGAACAGCAGCUCGAUAUCCCAGAGAAAAACGAGAGGCCAAAAUUACCAACUGAAAAUAAAAAAAAUGAAGUAGCAUCGAUCGCAAAAAACGCCGCGAACCAAGUUGCGGAAGAAGUGAAUUUGUCUUUUUCUCAAAUAGAUCCUGAUUUUUUAGCUGCUCUGUCGGACGAUGUCAAGAAUGACGUUGAGAUGUAUUGCAUGGUCAAGAAAAAAGAAAAACUCGCUAAAACGAGAAACCUCAGUUCGAACGAUUCUAUCGCGAAACAUCGCAAUCUCACCAAAUUGAAUAAAAAAACUGGUCGUCCAGUCAAAACGAAAACCAAAUUCGAUCACGAUUUUUUCAAAAUCCCGUAUUCUCGGAAGAACGCCCAACAAGAUUCAGUUCCGGCAAAAAUUAACCAGAAUCCCGAACCACAAAAAAGUGGGAAUUCACGAUUUCUCGAAAAUAAAUUACACACAUUAGUAGACGGGCAAUUUGGUGCUUCACUCGACCAAACCCAAGAAAUACUGUCACACCAGUCUAGCUACAUUGGAAAAAAAGCGAAAACCGAAGAACAGGAAAUGGUCACGAGUCUCGUUAAUCAUUUAUUCACGCUCCCCCGUCAACAGGUAAAAAUGCAAAUACAAACAUGGAUAUCCCAAAGUGAAAUUGUCAACGAUAUAGAUUCGUUAUCGCUUGCAACAUUUCUGAGCAUGCUACCGAAGAAAAAACGCCUCGAGGAUUUACACAUAUUGUUGAAAACCAUGCACAGAUGCAUCACCAAAACUGGGAGUUGCGUUUGGCAUGAGACCUACGUGAAAACGAUGUUUCACGUUCAGCAUUAUAUGCAGAUUGAAUACAGAAGCAAAAUGAUGCUGCCGAAGAUAGAGUGUGAUUGCUGCGAAUUAUCGAGAUCCAAACAGCAGCCAACGACAGAGGGAAUCGCGCAAUCUCAGAACCUCAUCUCAGGAGAAUUUACAAUAAAUAACUAGUCAUUGAUGUUUGUUAUUUUAAUGCUCUCGUUUUUAUACAAUUUUUGUCUAACGCGAGUAGAGAAAAUGGAGAAAAAAAAUUAAAUUAUAAAAUGAAGGGAAAAAUAAAAUAAUUGUGUUAAAAAAAAACGAUAUUUACAAGC